UCCGCGAGGAGGGUGGGGGGAAAAGGUGGCGAAUUUGCGGGGCGGAAGGAGGAGCUGACACUGCCGGUUCCCCCACGUGUUGAGAGGCGCUGGACGCAGGGCAGGUGGCUGAUUGCAGACCAAUAGAAUAUGGCUGGGCAAAUAUCAGAAUCUGAUCAGAUCAAACAGUUCAAGGAGUUUCUUGGGACAUACAAUAAACUUACAGAAACCUGUUUCCUGGAUUGUGUGAAAGAUUUCACUAGCAGGGAGGUUAAAUCAGAAGAGAUGACGUGCUCAGAACACUGCUUACAGAAAUAUUUAAAAAUGACGCAGAGGAUAUCCAUGAGAUUUCAGGAGUAUCAUAUUCAGCAGAACGAAGCUCUAGCUGCCAAAGCAGGACUUCUUGGGCAACCUCGUUAAACAAAAGAGAAUUCUAUUCCAACCUUGCUUUAAAGCAAUGCCCAUGUUUGUUGGAUUGCAAGUGGAGGUGUUCUGUUGUGGGUGUGUCCACCAGCUCACAACAGAAUUUCAGAGACCAUUUGGUACAUGGAAACCAUUGGGGAAACAAUUAUGGGCUAUACCAGGAGUUGGUAAUGGCCAGCUGGCAAACAGAGCCUAUUUCUGAGGUCCUUUUUUACUGUGCAAUGGAAUAAUGUUAAUAUAACCAUUUCUAGAGGCCUGCAGACUGGUUAUGCUGGUCACUACGUUUGGGGCAGGGGAGGGAGAGGACCAUUUUUUUUGUCUCUUCCACUACGACUAUUAAUUUUAAUGCAAAAAGUGCUGUACAGAAAUAUAUACAAAAAUGUCUUCAAAAUGUUUUUAUUUAAUCAAAGUACAAUAAAUGAGAACUGUUCAGUUU